GUUGGAAUAUUAGUAAUUAAAUAAUGAACGAAGCGAUGUUGAAAACACUACAAAGUAGGACUGAAACUUUGAAAUGUUAGUAGCCCGCGGUCGUCGGACGAUGUAACCACUUUUUAAGGGUUUGUGGUGGCACUGAGCCUCAAAGUUGUAAACAGAAGUUUCCCGUUUAUCCCUGUUUUUAUUUGUGACCGUAUGAGAAUACAACCUUAUCUUUAAAUGUAAUAAUUAUGGUUGCCAUCAUGAUAAGAAACUCGACAAACAUACAAGUAGGUGGGCUUUUGCAGAACUAAAUUUAAAAAGCCUGGUAUUGGUAAUACAGUUAUUGUUAUGUUUAUUGUUGGAUAAUGCAUUUUAUUUCUCUGAAAUCAGCUCUGAGAAAUAUGUCUGUGUCAGUUUACACUAUAUACACUACUGUCGCGGCGGGAAUGUCUGAGUUCAGCCCAUAACACUGUUUGUUUUUUGUUUGUUUUGUUUUGUUUUUUUGUUGUUGUUGUUAUUGCCGGAGGCUCAAGAGUGAAAUGCUGCGCAACAUUGUUGCCAGAAGUAUGGUACUGUUUGCUUCAUCUUCACCAGUAGCUUAUAGUUAUAUGGUUGAUCCUGACUCUGUUCUUAGUUGAUGUAUUUGAGAAUAAGCUAGAACAUACAGCCAUGGCUUAGAGACAGAAAAAUUUAAUCAUGGCACAAAUGUUCAGUAUCUCUGACAAUGAGUCAGACACAGAGACAUCGGAAGACUGUGAGGACUCGGACCUGACAAAAAAUAACAGUGGAUCACAGCAGAAAACAAACCAUGAUCUCGCUGUGCCUGAUAGGCUGAAAGGAGAACAACUAGGGAGACACAGGAAUCUUUCGAUGAAUGAUGAGGACCUGCUGGAGACUGGGGCAGCAGAUGAAGGUGAUUUGGUUGGAGGUGAUCCAUUCAGGCCUAGAUCUCGCUCGGCUCCUCCUGCUUUGUGGGCAGCUAAGAAAUAUGGUCGACAGCUAAGGAGAAUGAGUGAUGAGUUUGACAUCCUCCUUGAUAAAGGGAUGAAGAGGGUGAAGAGUGCAGGAACAACACGUCAGAUGCAGCAGUCACCCAGCUGGUUCGCUUUCCUUUGGAGUCACAAAGAGUCUGAUGCAGAGUCGCGCCCCGCAGAGUGACUGACCGUGAAUGAAUGAUGGAAGAAGAGCGAAAAGAGGACUACUGUACAUAACAACUGGUGGCGGAAAAAAAAGAUGCACUGCUGUGAAGUGAAGGAAUAAGUCCAUUGACUGGUUUUAAACCUUUUUCAUGAACUGCACUGAAACCAUUGACUGUUGAAAAGCAUGAUCGGUUUCUCACUGGCAUGUGCUAUCCCACAAAGAUGACAAAAAAUGGAGAAUCUCCAAAUUUCCUUAAGCUCUGGGAAUAUUAUGCAGUAAAUCUCAUGAAUGUGAGAAAGCUGAAUAUCCGCAGACUUUCUGUAACUCUGCCACAUCAGUUUUUCAUAUUCAUCAUAUUCAUAUUCAGAUGCAAUAUUUUUUAACAAAAGCACAUUAAAAAGAAGUUAAAGGUAUUUUAUUGUACAUCAUCUGUUAAAUGAAUUUUUAACUACGUUUUUAGACCGUCAGCUGUUUAAAAUCUGUUUUUACUGUAAAGGGACUUUGGUCACUUUGAAGAGUCAUCUUGCUUUAUUACCAUCUGAGUCAUAAAAAUCUCUUGGAAUUGUCUACAACCAAUAAGCAAAAGAGUCCAAAAACCAAGAAUAGGUCUAAACACCCAAGAGAGCAGGAGACAUAAUCGUUACUGGUAUUACUUGAAAAUGACAGAUUUUCAAUGCCUUAUAAUUUUUUUUUUAUUAAUUA